AUGGCGUUUUCCUACGUAUUUUACUUUCAGCUGCUAAUCAUUAUGUUGUCGGCACUGACUGCUCGAGUGUGCGUUUCUUUAUGGGGACACUCAGGAGAAGGUAAACCUCCAGUGUUUGGGGAUUUUGAAGCACAGAGGCACUGGAUGGAGAUCACCGCCAAUCUUCCUACUGAACAGUGGUACACAGAGAGCAAAGACAACAGACUGCAGUACUGGGGGUUGGAUUACCCACCACUGACCGCCUACCACAUGAUGAUCAAUGGUAAAAUAGCACAGUAUGUUAACUCUAGCAUGGUGGCAUUGAAAGAAUCACAGGGACUCGAAGAUCCUGGGCUGAAAUUUUUCAUGCGAAUGACAGUGCUUGCAAUGGAUGUGCUGUUGUUUCUGCCAGCCGCUGCAGCCUAUUUCAUAAUGCAACAGUCAGAGUCUGAGGAUAACGAUAUUCUGACUUUUAUAUUAGUUCUGGUGGCCUAUCCGGGACUGAUUCUCAUCGACCACGGACAUUUCCAAUACAAUAACGUGAGCCUUGGCCUCCUCGUCCUGGCAACUUUGUCCAUAAACGAAGGCAAUGACUUCAUCGCUGCCUUCCUCUUCUGCUGCGCUGUGAACUACAAGCAAAUGGAGCUGUAUCAUUCCCUGCCAUUUUUUGCUUAUCUGUUAGGCUCCUGUAUAAAAGCAGAGGUCUCUAAAGGGGUGUUCAAGCUGGUAAUGUUAUCCUUGAUAGUUCUGGGCACUUUUGCUACCAUUUGGUCCCCAUUCUUGAACCAUGAAGAGACAUCCGUCGCAGUUGUUCAGAGAUUGUUUCCUAUCAAACGAGGACUGUACGAGGACAAAGUGGCCAGUUUCUGGUGCUCAAUUUCAGUUAUUGUCAAGUUCAAGGAUUUGAUCUUUCCCAGUGAUAUGGCAUUCAUUUGUUUGCUGGUGACAAGCCUGCUGUCGUUGCCCUCGUUCUUGUAUCUCCUGAAAAACCCAACACUUAAAAGUUUUCACUACGCCCUGAUUAAUUCCUCGCUGAUAUUUUUCAUGUUUUCCUUCCAUGUCCACGAAAAGUCGAUUCUUUUAGCAACCAUACCCUCCUGUUUAGUGGUGAAAAGUGAUCCUUUGAAUGUUUUCUGGUUUUUACUGAUUUCAGUGUUCAGCAUGCUACCGUUAUUGAUCAAAGACGGACUGUUGAUCCCCACCAUUGCCACUGUCUGGCUAUUCUGGAUCACUGUCAGCCACUUUCUCCGGCCCACAAGUACUGCCUCGCCAGAUGUUCAGAAAAUUUUUGAAUUCUCAAUAAUGGUUGCUGUGUGUAUUGCUGUAGCAACAGUCCUGAUCCCUCCACCGCAGCGAUACCCCGACAUCUUCCCGCUGGUCAUCGCCAUCUACUCCUUCCUACACUUCGUCUACUUCGCUGUGAACUUCCACAUGAGGCAGUUUGGCAUCAAGUUUUAUUUCCAGGAUAGCUCCUCUACAAGGGUUGGAUUUUCUAAAUCUGACAGUAGCAUAUCGUGGGUGUCAUCCCACGAGAGUGUAAUCAAGCCAAAGACCAAAAGAGUACAUUACUAA